AACAAAUAAUACUUAAUUUUAUAUUUAAAACUAAAAAUAUUAAUUAUAGUUUAAUUACUAAAAAAAUCUACAUAAACUUUACAUAUUGAUAACAUAUUUAUUUAAAUAUUAAUUAAUACAACAUAUUAAAACACCUUAAUAUUAUGGUAAAUUACUUCCGGAUCUCCAUAAUGAUGGUUAGAUAAUGUAUACUUUGUUUUAUUAUUUUUGUUUAAUGUUUUUUUUGUAACAAACUGUUUAAAUUAAAUAAUAUUGCACUUUUAUGAAAAAAAUCCAAAAGAUAUAAUGAAUGGGUCAAUUUUUAAUAUUUAUAAGUUAAAAUGUGUUAAUUGUAAAAUUUUAAAAGAAUCUAUUAAGAAUAUUCCUUUUUAGAUGAGAAAAUAGAGAAAUACUUUGGAGAGAAACUCAUAUCUAUUAUAGAGUUUUUCAAUUAUAGAGGAAAAAAUAGAGAAAUACAUUGGAGAUGUAUAGAAUUGGGUUUGUAUAGAAGUAAGCACGUGGCUUGCAUGCCAUCAUCAAGUUCUGUAACGGACCCUUUAUAACUUGGGACUUGACCAAUUGUCUAACAUAGAGAAUUUUGAAAAUGCUAGAAGCGUGAGUGAUUGAUAACAGGAAUUUCUCUGACGAAGCUAUGGGUUCCGUUGCAGAAGAGCAGUCCCUCAUCGAACAAGUGUUAAUACAGGAGGAACUGAAACUAUAUGCUGAAGAUGGUUCAGUCGACAUCAAAGGAAACCCACCAUUAAAAGACAGAACCGGAAACUGGAAAGCUUGUCCGUUUAUUCUAGGGAAUGAAUGUUGUGAGCGGUUGGCUUACUACGGCAUUGCUAUCAAUCUCAUUACUUACCUAACCACUAAGUUGCACCAAGGAAACGUUUCCGCUGCUAGAAACGUCACAACAUGGCAAGGGACUUGUUAUAUCACUCCUCUCAUUGGAGCCGUCUUAGCCGAUGCUUAUUUGGGUCGAUACUGGACCAUUGCUUGCUUCUCCUCCAUUUAUUUCCUCGGAAUGUCUGCUCUGACUCUCUCUGCUACGGUUCCAUAUCUGAAACCCGCUGACUGCGUUGGAGACUCCUGCCCAUCACCGACCACAGCUCAGAACAUAACAUUCUUUCUCGGGCUUUACCUUAUAGCUCUUGCCACCGGGGGAAUCAAACCGUGCGUUGCAACCUUUGGUGCAGACCAGUUUGACGACAGCGACUCGAGUGAACGAGUGAGAAAGUCUUCUUUUUUCAACUGGUUUUACUUCUGUAUCAAUAUCGGGUCGUUUGGAUCGUCUGGUCUAGUGUUGGUUCAAGAGAAUAUCGGUUGGGGGUUAGGUUUCGGGAUACCUACUAUCUUCAUGGGAUUAGCUAUCAUCUGUUUCUUCUUUGGCACGCCACUUUAUAGGUUUCAGAAACCUAGAGGUAGUCCCAUCACACGGAUUUGUCAAGUUCUUGUCGCUUCGUUUCGUAAGAUAUAUCUCGAAGUCCCUGAAGACACAACACUCUUAUAUGAAACUGAAACACAAAACCUGAGUUACGCGGUGGUCCAAAGUAGGAUACUCGAGCACACAGAUGAUUACAAGUACCUUGACAAAGCUGCUGUUAUAUCAGCACAAGAAGCGAACUCUGGAGAUAUUUUAAGUCCUUGGAGUCUAUGCACUGUUACCCAGGUCGAAGAACUCAAGAUUCUUAUACGAAUGUUUCCAAUAUGGGCUUCAGGUAUCCUCUUCUCAUCUCUCCACGCUCAAGUCUCCACAAUGUUUGUCCAACAAGGAAGAGCCAUGAACUGCAACAUCGGCUCUUUCAAGAUCCCCCCAGCGACCCUCGGGGUCUUCGACUGCAUCACCGUCCUAGUUUGGGUUCCACUCUACAACCGUUUCAACGUCCCGCUCGCCAAACUUAUUACAAGGAACGACAAUGGGUUCACCGUGCUUCAACGAAUAGGAAUAGGUCUUGUCAUUUCGGUCUUCUCUAUUGUAUCAGCAGCCAUCGUUGAGAAGGUGCGGCUUGGGGUGGUGGAAACAGGAACAGCUGUUUCUUUAACUGUGUUGUGGCAGGUUCCUCAGAUUUUCAUACUCGGUGCAGCCGAGGUUUUCUACUGUAUAGGACAGCUUGAGUUUUUCUAUGGUCAAUCACCAGAGUCGAUGAGGAGUCUGUGUUGUGCAUUGGGACUGUUGACUUAUGCGUUUGGGAGUUACUUGAGCUCGUUGCUGCUCACGGUGGUGACGUAUCUCACGACCCUGGACGGUGGAGAUGGGUGGAUUACGGAUGAUCUCAAUGAAGGACAUCUUGAUUAUUUCUUCUGGUUAUUGGCCGGUUUAAGCAUUUUGAAUGCGGUGGUUUACGUUUUCUCUGCUGUUAAUUACAAACAGAAGAAGACGUUAUAAACUUUUACUUUUUAUUCACGUUUUUGUUGUUGUUGUCUAAUCAGAAUAUAAAAUUAUCAAACUUA